AUGCAUCCAAUAUUGCUUACAUUUGCAGCUGACCUCAACAUCAAUUCGUUAACUUAUCGCAAAUUCGCACAACAACAGAUUCAUUACGCCUUGGGAGACACUGGUCGGAGCUUUGUCUGCGGAUUCGGAACCAAUCCUCCCGUUAAAUCUCAUCACCGUUCUAGCUCUUGCCCUAAUAUACCAAAUACCUGUGACUGGAAUACCUACAAUUCGCCAUCACCAAAUGCCCAAAUCCUUUACGGAGCUUUGGUAGGUGGACCGGACAACAACGAUAACUACAGCGACGAUCGCUCAAACUACGUUUCAAACGAAGUGGCUACCGACUACAAUGCCGGCUUUCAAGGCGCAGUAGCCGCCCUUCAGGCACUUGCCGUUAAUGGGAAAUUCAACUAA